AUGGGGAAGAUUAAGUGGGACGCCAUCGCUGACCAAACCCUCCUCGCCACCAUUCUGGAAACCCAUCACCUGAGUGUUGAUGCGGCCAAGGUCGCCGUGGCCUGGCCUGCCCAAGAUGAAGACCACCGGCCUACACCUAUUGCUGUCAAGGAGAGGUUGAAUCGCAUCAAGAAGCUCAAUCGUGCGCGCAACCCUGAUGCUGCCACCUCCGGCCCCUCUAACCCGGUUACUCCCAAAAAGAGUGCUCCCCGAAAGAAGGCUGCCGAAGCCUCGACUCCUGCUGGUCCUUCACGCAAACGCAAGCGCGUUAUGACUGACGCUGCCGCUGGCGACGAUGAACAAGUAAAUGUCAAGAAAGAGGAAGGCAAUGAGUCUGUUGUCGAGUCCCUCGUUAAAGAAGAGAAGGACCUGGAGCAUAUCAACCCCCGCCUUCACUCGUACGCCAAGGAAGAAUCGCCGGAUGUUGACAAUGGAAAGGGAGAUGCUGAUUUGACCGAGGAUAACGAGGACCACAACUCCGACUCCGACCAGCUGCCCAACUAG